AUGGACGACGGUAUGGGUCAGAACGACGGCCGCAACGGUGACAGAAGCAACUGGGACCUGCACGACUUCCUGAACUUCGCCUGCGGUGACCCCUUGACGCCGCCACCGCCGACCACCGACGACCCCUUCGCGGUGUACCCGCCGCUACCACCGCCGGCCGCAAAUAUGCCUCCUCCCCGCUGCGUCAUUUCUGGCAGCAGGAGGAAAGAACGGACAGUGACAAGGUCGUGGGACCUGAACGACGGCGCGCCGCCCCCGGACGCGUGGAUGUGGCGCAAGUACGGGCAGAAAGGGUUCAAGGGGUCCCCGCACGUGCGCAGCUACUACAAGUGCAGCACCGACAAGCAGUGCAGGGCACGCAAGCACGUGGAGCGCUGCACCGACGACUCGAGGUACCUGGUCGUCUCCUACACCGGCGAGCACACCCACCCCGCGCCGCUCAUCCGCAACAUCGUCACCCGUAACCCCCGCGUCGUCGUGAAUCCGGCGCCGCCUCCGCCACCGGUCACCAACAUCACCGUCGAGGCUGCUGCUCCGGCGCCGUCGGUGACGGCCUCGCUGACGCCCACCGCGCCGGCGUUGGCGCCACCGACACCGUUCCCCAAGAUCCCGGCUGCCGUGGAGGGCCCGCCACAGGCUCCGGCCCUGCCGGCGUUCGCCGCAGCGGCCUCGGUGUCGCCGACGCUCAAGAUCUCCGCCGUCGAGGAAACGCGGAAAGCUCCUGCUCCGCCGGCGAUUGCGGCCUCGGCCUCGCUGUCGCCAACGACGCCGCUGCGCUCGCCGCCCGCCGUCACGAUGAUGAUCAUACACGCGGACAUGACCCCGAAGGAGGACUCGGUGCUGUUCGCCAAGCGGGACGACGACAAGCCCCAAGACGGCGUUCCGCUCCCCAUGCCCGAGGAGCUAGCACCGGUCCACCACGGCGCACCAGGCGGCGGCGGCAACUACAACAUGAUGUUCCCGGCGACCUAUGGCUAUGAGCCCGCAGCAGGCAGCAGCAGCAGCAGCGGAGAUGGCAGCACGAGGACGGCCCCACCAGUCUCGGCUCCGAUCGGGAACCUCGUCGACGAGACGUUCUAUCAGCUGGAACCAUGCCUCUGGUGCUGGCCGUGA